CAACCUAUGCUCGUGGAGCUAACUGCUUCCGGAAUGUCUAGCACUUCGUACAUUCCAAUUCUUCCUGACACGCGCAAUGAAGACAAAGCCAUUUUGUUUGGAGAUUCGACGUGGCGGCCGGAUUGUCUGGCGACCCGUAACCCGACAUGAUUCUGUCUGCUGUGCUACCAUUUGUAUUGGUGGCAUUAUGUUCACAUUCUGCGCUCUCGGAAGUUACACAAUCAACAAAUUCUUAUUUAUCUUUGGCUGACAGAACACGUUUGAAGAGCAUCCUUGAAACAGGUUUUCAGUUGAAUGAUGUAUCGUCAUUGUACUAUGCUGUCAGCGGAUAUAAACUCCUUGGAGAAGCUAUAGCACAAGCAGAUGCCAUCUGCGAAUAUUUAAUAAAAUCCAAUGGAGAAAACAAUACACCCGAAACGGCAUUUUAUCUUGUCUCUACAUGGAAAGCUAUUGGAGGCUGUCAAGAGUUUUCUACAAAUAGCGCAACAAAGAUAUUUACGAAUGUUAUACAGAAAGAUACUUCUACACUUUCUGAUUUAUAUUAUGCAGUGAAUGGUUUGACAGCUUUGUCACAAAAGGUAUCUUCUGCCAGGAUGGAUAAAUUAAUGAAAUUAAUUCAAGCAGCUUUAAGGAAAGAUGACAGUCUCUGGAACUUGGGAUAUGUAUUCCACAUUGCUGCAGACCUAGGUACGUCUGCCGCAUUUGCUUUUGAUCGUAUUGAAGAUGCUGUAGUACAAGCUGACGAGGUGGAUGGCCAGUACUUACAGUUUGAAGGCGGUCUUUCUAUAACAAGUUUCCUUGUUAAUGGUAUUUUUAAAUUAUCGACUUCGUUAAAGAAAAAACCGCCGUUGAAUUUCCAACAGACUGUCAAAUUGGGCAAUUAUCUUCUUUCGCGGCGUUCCGUGCAAACAACGAAAGGCGUUACAAAUUUGCUCUCCGCUUUAACCACUUUGGCGGUCAAUAGUCCUGAAAAACCUGUUUGCAUAACUCUAGCCGAUGGAGGACUUAUCAUAUCUAAUAAACAACCAUUGGUUACAGUUAAGGUUUGCGAUAUUCUUGGUCAAGCAUUGCCGACCGUACCGAAUGUCGUUGCAAAUUCCGCCACGCGAGUAGGAGACGAUGUCGUUAUUCUUAGCAACGAAAGUUUGCAGCCAUCUACGGCGGACAAGACUCUAUUCACGAUGAAUCUUAUGAAUGUGAAACCCGAUCGCGGUUUUUACAAGAUAUUGGUAACCGCGGUCUCGGUCACGAAUACGAUUACUGUGAAAGUUUUAUCUGAAGCAAUACUGGACUACUUAGAGAUCGGUACUGGUGAUGCCGAUCAGACCACUCAACCAAAACUUACGAGAAUAAACACAGAUUUUCCUUCAGGCAAACUCGAACAUAAAAUAGAAGCUGAUUCUCAGCAAAAAUUAGUAAUGCGAUUUUUAUUGCGUGAUUCCGCCAAUAAGAAACCGAUGCGCGUGCAUCAAGCUUUUGUGCGCCUUAUAUCUAUUUCGACAUCUACCAAUGACAAACGAGGCCAUGAAAUCUUUUUCGUCGCCGAGCCUGACGCUGCUCAUGUUUAUAAGUUUGAUAUGCCGGUUGGAACAGCAGCUACAAAUUUUGGUUACCAGAGCGGAGAAUAUAACAUGGAGUUAAUCGUUGGUGACGCUGUAAUUAGCAAUCCAUUCCGAUUCAACAUUGGUAUAGUAACUCUUAAAUUUCCAGAACCGACUUCAAUAGAAGGUACCGAUAAGGGUGUUUCUUACAAGCAAAAACCAAACGUGUAUACAACUAAACCAGAAAUAAAGCACAUGUUCCGCGAGCCUGAACGCAGACCUCCGGCAUUUGUGUCAAAUCUAUUCACAGGAUUAUGCUUGGCACCAAUUCUACUAUUGUUGAUUUUAUGGGCUCAGCUCGGUGUCAAUAUUUCGAACUUUCCCUUGUCCCUAAGCGCAAUUACAUUCCAUCUUGGAUUGGGAGGUAUCUUCGUGCUGUUUGGUAUUUUCUGGUUGAAGCUUAAUAUGUUCGUCACGCUGCGCUAUCUUCUUGGCUUUGGUGUUGUUACAUUCCUCGCUGGUAAUAAAAUGCUAUCUCAGAUAGCACAUAGACACAAAUCACCGCGUUAAUUUGUAAUUGUACUCUAUUGUGUAAAAAUUGGUGAGUCGUAAUUGCAAUUUGCAAGGUGCAUAAUAAAGACUGCCAUCGAUAAGUUCGGAGUGGCUAAUUAACUCGUUAACGCGAUAGAAAUAUUGUAUUGUGCUGUUUUUUUUACUUCUCACAAAUGUAUAUAAAUCACGGAACAUGUACAUUGUUUACUUUGUUUAUUAUAUGCAUCUCUUUGCUAUGGCCUGGAUUCAUUAAUAAUAAAUAAUUAAAUAUCAUUCGCAUUUUAUAUCAGCGCUAAUUAUGAUUCUGUUAUCAAUUUAAGUUUGAUCUAUAAUAUUUUUAUAUUAAAUUAGUUAGAUUAAAUAUUAUCUUUGUUUACACAAUAUUAUGUCUUAUAUUAGAUGGAGUAAAAAGUAAUUUCGUAUUUUGCUGGCAGAUGUUAAUAGAAAGUAUUUAAUGCAAUCUUUAUUUAACUAUCUGACAGCAUAUAUUUUUCUGAAAGCGCAAGUUUUCUUGCAUAUUUUCAGCUGUUAAUUGACAAAAUCUGUUUAGUAACUUUUAUUUAACAACAUUGUAAACAUGGAGCAAAACAAGAAAUAUUUUCGGUGUUUGAUGCUUUUUUAUUUUUGCAAGGGUAAAAUGCGGCAGGGAAAAACUAAAAAAAGAUAUGUGCUGUGUAUGGAAAAAUCAUAAACGAACGUGUGUGCCAAAACUGGUUUACAAAAUUCCAUGCUGGUGAUAUGUAUGAAGAUGGUGAAGUAAGCGCUCAGGUAAACCAUUAGUAAUUGAUGAUCAAAUUGAAACAUUGAUUGAAAAUAAUCAACGUUAUAUGACAUGAGAGAUCGCAGAUCAGUGUAUCUCAAAGGACGUUAUAAACUUGCUUGGCUGCAUGUCUUGGUAUGAUAUUUAGGUACCUCAGAAUUUGAGUAAAAAUAUUUUAAUGAAUCGUAUCUCCACACAUCUGAGAUUUAUAUAUGUUUAUACUUAAUGAAAUUGUUUAAGUUUUUAAACGGAUGAUAACGGGCGACGAAAAGUGGAUUCUGUAUAAUGAGCGCAAAAAAUGGAAAAAAUGAGAUGAAACCAUCACAAACCACACUGAAGCAAAACGUUCAUACAAAAAUAGUGAUUCUGUAUAUUUGGUGGAAUUGAAAAAAUAAACUACGAACUGUUUUCGCAAAA